UGUUAUUUUAUUCAAUUAUUUCUUAUUCACAACCACUCUUUUGUCCGUUCUGGUAUUCCGACCUUAAAGCUUGCCUUAAACGAAGCAGCUGCUCAGAUAUGUCGCUUUAAGCCGGCCCUUUUGUUCCACAAACGGGAGCUAUUUUGCAUGGCUAAGGAAUGCGUAGAGCGCUCUCAAAUAUGGUUAGGCGAGGGUCAGCAGUCUCAACAACAGCAACAAACAAUAUCUAGUUCGCUGGAAGUAGUCGAGGGCCAGACUCCAGCUGUACUUGGCCGUCAAAUGGCCAGCUCGCAGUUGGCGAUGCUGGAAUCGAAAGGUCUUGUAGCCGCGACAGCCCCUCAACACUCUACAGCCGGCUCUAUGCUUGUUGUAGGCACGACUGAGGCUCAGGGAAUCGUCCGGCAGACAGGCGUUGGCAUCAGUCCUUCGAUAGAUGGAGCGGCACAAGGUUUAAGACCGAUUUUAAGUAGAUCAGGAAUUGAGUAA